UAAAUCCCCUCCCCCCGCCCCUUCCUUCUUCUUCUAACGGCGGGCGCGUUACGGUUGCUCUUACCCCGGCCUUACCCGCAGCUGUGUGCGAGCGCGGUGGCGGGAGGGGUUUUGCCUUCGGCUGGGGACGCGGCGAGAUGGCUACGCUCGCUGCGGGAAAGCUGCGCAAACCAUGCAGGAUGAUUUACUGAUGGACAAAAGCAAAGCCCAGCCUCAGCAGCAGCGGCAAGAUCCAAACGCAGCAGAAGCCCCUUCUACACCCAUCACGUCAGAGACACCCAAACCGGAGGACAGCAGCCCAGUGACUAGCAUUGGCUUAGCAGCUCCUGCCCAAAAUAGCAAAGAAAAGAUGCAGAUGGAGUCUCCCAUCUUGCCGGGCUUAAGUUUCCACCAGCCUCAGCAGGAACCUACAGCCGGCACCUCCUUGUCUCCCUCCUUUGGAAGCACCUGGUCCACUGGGACCACGAACGCAGUGGAUGAUAGCUUUUUCCAAGGAAUUACCCCAGUCAAUGGGACAAUGCUUUUCCAGAAUUUCCCUCACCACGUCAAUCCUGUUUUUGGAGGCACUUUCUCCCCCCAGAUCGGCCUAGCCCAGACUCAGCACCACCAACAGCAACAACAGCAGCAAGCCCAGCAGCAGCAAAGGAGAUCACCAGUCAGUCCUAAUCAGGCAUCUUUUGCCCAGAGAAAUGCUGCUUAUAGCCACCAACCCAUCAUGACCAGCAAACCUUCCUCAUCCUCUGCCUCCACCUCUUCCCCUUCCAGCUGGAAUAACCAUCAAAAUGCAGCCUGGAGUACACCUUCCAAUCCUUGGGGUGGGCUGCAAGCUGGCAGGGACCCACGAAGGGCAGUAGGUGUGGGAGUGGGUGUGGGAGUGGGUGUUGGAGUGCCAUCCCCACUCAAUCCCAUUUCCCCUCUUAAGAAACCCUUCUCUAGCAAUGUCAUUGCCCCACCGAAGUUCCCACGGGCUGCUCCCCUAACCCCCAAAUCCUGGAUGGAAGACAAUGCCUUCAGGACGGACAAUGGCAACAAUCUGUUGCCUUUUCAGGACCGGAAUCGGCCCUAUGAUACUUUUAACUUGCACUCUUUGGAAAACUCAUUAAUGGAUAUGAUAAGGACUGAUCAUGAGCCUCUUAAAGGUAAACACUACCCUCCCAGUGGCCCACCAAUGAGUUUCGCUGAUAUAAUGUGGAGGAAUCAUUUUACAGGUCGUAUGGGUAUAAAUUUUCAUCAUCCGGGAACAGAUAACAUUAUGGCUCUCAAUACCAGGAGCUAUGGACGGAGACGAGGUCGGUCUUCACUCUUUCCUUUUGAAGAUGGCUUCUUAGAUGACAGUCAUGGUGACCAGUCUUUAUCAUCGGGGCUCAGCUCUCCAACCCGCUGUCAGAAUGGUGAAAGAGUGGAACGCUAUUCUAGGAAGGUGUUUGUUGGAGGUCUGCCUCCUGACAUUGAUGAAGAUGAAAUCACUGCCAGCUUUCGUAGGUUUGGACCUCUCGUAGUGGACUGGCCUCAUAAAGCUGAAAGCAAGUCAUAUUUUCCACCUAAAGGUUAUGCCUUUCUGCUAUUCCAGGAAGAAAGCUCUGUGCAAGCUCUGAUAGAUGCCUGUCUGGAAGAGGAUGGGAAACUUUACCUAUGUGUAUCAAGUCCCACUAUCAAGGAUAAACCAGUGCAAAUUCGACCUUGGAAUUUAAGUGACAGUGACUUUGUAAUGGAUGGUUCUCAACCUUUAGACCCGAGAAAAACUAUUUUUGUUGGAGGAGUUCCACGACCUCUCCGAGCCGUUGAACUAGCAAUGAUUAUGGAUCGUUUGUAUGGAGGAGUCUGCUAUGCUGGCAUUGAUACAGACCCAGAGCUGAAGUACCCCAAAGGUGCUGGUAGAGUGGCUUUCUCCAAUCAGCAGAGCUAUAUUGCUGCUAUUAGUGCACGCUUUGUCCAGCUCCAACACAAUGACAUUGAUAAACGGGUGGAAGUGAAGCCAUAUGUGCUUGAUGAUCAGAUGUGUGAUGAAUGCCAGGGCACUCGUUGUGGUGGAAAAUUUGCUCCGUUCUUCUGUGCCAACGUUACCUGCUUGCAGUAUUACUGCGAAUACUGUUGGGCAAGCAUUCACUCUCGUGCCGGACGAGAGUUCCACAAACCACUCGUGAAGGAAGGAGGAGAUCGGCCGCGCCACGUUCCCUUCCGUUGGAGCUGAAGCCUGGGCCUCCGUCCAGCAGCAAGUACUGGAACCGAAGAAAUGGAAGGGAGACGCGAGUGCUGCCUCAGGGCUUUAGUGUUCUGGAAAUCUGUGCAUUCAUCCUUGACUUUAAUGAAGAGAUGGGUCUUUUUAUUAUGAUUACUAUGAUUAUGAUUAUGAUUAUGAUUUACAGUCACAUUACUGAACUCUGUGUCCAGUAUAAUACAAGCCUAGCAGAGUGUAACUGUACUGAUUUUGCACUUUGAUUCACACAAACAUCUGCUUGGUACCUUAAUUUCUUACACGAGACUUGUUACAUCUGACAAUAAGGAGACUGCCGUUCUCAUCAGCCGCCACUAGGUUGAUGUCUAUGUGAUGACGAUUUUAAAGAUUAUAAUUAAUUUUAUUUUAAAAACUGGAGCAUGCACUUAUUUUCAGAAACUUAGAUUUGCCCCUAGCAGAUGAUUUACCAAAGGUAACACUCACAAGUAGGUGGCAGAUGUAGCAAAAACAUAAAAUGGAUAUUCAGCAAUCAUUAGGUUUGGGUCAUUUAGAAUAGGAAUAGCCCUAACAAGUCUUUAGUUGCUCUCCAUUUUUACUGGUAAGGAUGAUACCUCAUAAGCUGGAUCACACUUUCUCCACCCCACUUCCCUGCCCCCUUUUUGUUUUGCUGAGGGUUUCCUAUUUGGUUAGGCCUUUUAGUGUUAUGUAAAUGUAUGCUGCAAUAGCUCUUGCUGCUAUUAAGAUGGUAUUACUAAUACCACAAUACUCUAUUCAAGCUAGGGUAUCGAUUAAAAAGAUGAUUACGUGAUUUAAAAUAGUGAUGGCUGCUGAAAGGAGAUCAGUAUAGCAUUCAGAAAGCUUCCAAGGAAGGUCAAUAGUUUUGACUGCAUGUUUACUUAAUCAGGUUGCUGCAUGCAAUAAAUUUUUUAUAUAUGUCUAAUAUGAAGAUCUGCCCACAAUGCACCAAUUAAGAAUCUAUAUAGGCUACAAAGUACUCAGUAAAAUAAUUUAAAGAACACACAGACACACACAGAGAGAUUACUGACUGGAGGAAGGCAUGCCUCAGUAAAUGUAAAUGCUUCUGAAAUUAGGAUCAGCCCAUUGCAGUAUGACCUAUAUUACAACACAUAUUUUUUAAAAAACUAGAUGUAGAAUAUCCUUAAAACCAAUUUGUGAAUGAUAGACGAAAUACUUUGCGGUGCUCUGUUAUAUAUUGUGCAAUUUAUUUUAUAUAGUAAAGUGAUUAUGUCUAGUACUGUGAUCAAACUUUAACUGUUUAAGCCUCUAUGUCUAACAUUCACACACUUCUGAAAGUUCAACAACAGAUACAAUUACAUAUGCACACUCACAAAAUAAAAAUUUGAGCUCUUAGUUCGAAACUCAUAAACGCUUGCACCAUUUAUGUACCUGCAGCCUUUGCCCAGAAAACCAAAGAGCUCAUAACAGCAUAUGUACACUACGAAUAUGGCUAGUAGGCUGAUAAACUAGGCACAUUUUUUAAUUUUUUUUUGGAAAGGUGAGAAAAAAGGUGGUGCUAAAGAAAUGUCUACAUAAAAAAAAAGUUAAACUUGCAAGAUGUCUGCUGUCUGGGUGUGACAUUUAAUUUCUUGAACCCUGGAUGUAUCCUGUGAAGCUUGAAUAUAUUUGAGAUCUACUAUAUAAUGAUGGACAUUUUUUUAGCAUGUUCUAAGGGGCUGCAAGACAAACACAAACCCACAUUAGUGUGCUAAUUAUGAGAAUGUGAGAAUGUGUACACUAUUUUUCUGGGUGUUUUUUGUUAAUUGUUCCCCCCACCCCUUCCCCCCACCCCCCACACACUGUUUUUGGAGUUCUGGGGACAAUCUGACUGGAUUUGGCACCGCAUAGUAGAUUUAAAUGUUCUGGUUUUGUGUGUUGUGAUGGCCUUGUUAAUGUCUAACUUUGUAAGUUUUCUUUUUAUGUUUAGUUGCAAUUAUUGGCUCUGAAAGAAACUUUCUGUGUUUAAAAAAAAUAGUUUUUUACUGGUUUAAAAAAAUCAUUCUUAUUAUCCCUUCCACUGUUUCUUCUGGGCAUUUUUGUGAUAUUGCUUUAUCCAGCCCAGCUGUCUUUUUUUCUGUUUGGGGUUUUCUUUUCUUUUCAUCUAUACAAGAUUUGUUAUGCACUACUUUUUGUAUCUAGACAGUUUUCAAUAGUUGGCAGAUUAUUCUUUUUUAAAAAGAAAAAGGCAUGCUUUCUGACUGACAUGAUCUUUUGCAAUACCUCAAUUUUGAAAUAUAGGAAAGAAAAUAUUUUCUAAGUAAGUUUAUUCAGAAAAAUAUAUAUUAAUUUAAUUCUGCGAGAAAAUGAUUUAACAGAUGGGUAACUUUAUUUUUUUCAUGCUUAUUUGCGUUUUUGAAAAUGAAGUUAGAGCUUUAUAACUGUAAUAUUGAAGAUCAUAGCUAACUUACAGAAGUCUACCUAAUUAUGUGAAACAAUAUACAUUUUUGAAGAAAUUUCCCUCUUUCAUGUACAACAUACCCUGGAAAGAAAGGCGGGAGGAAAAAAAGAGAGAGACUGAAAGUUAUUUGAGUAAUAACAUUAAAACAAAUACAGAAAGGAAAGAUGUAAAACAAUCUGCAUUGGUGCUGGAAGUUGUGAAUAGAAGGUGAAAAAAUAUUUUUCCCUUAAUUUGUAUAUUUAUAAUCAAGCAAUUAUGCACGACUGACCAGAAUUGUGAGAGUUCUUCUGUUUGUAUUUUUUAAAGAUAAUUUUUUAGUUUAUUAAAUUAUAACAUGGUCCCUUUUUGUUUUGUAAAUGAAUGUGCCCCCUAAGUUGUUAAUAUGUUAUAUUAUUAUAAGAGGGUCCUUCAAGAAAAGAAGUUAUUUUUUAAAAUAAGGUAUUCUGAACUGCAACUUGACUAAGAAGCCCCUGGCUACAACAGGUCCUCUUGUGGCCUUCUCUUGAUGUGAGACUUGAACUAGUCGAUUUUUUUUGAAGGCAACUUAACCUCGACUAUUUGUUGUUAUGUGCAAUACUGUUUGUACUGUUUGUAUAAAAAAAAGAAAAAAAAGAAAAGAAAAAAGGCAUAAAUCUUUAUUGCAGAUUUAUUUUCAUUGCAAACUUUAGACAUUGUGAUUCACUAAGAUCAUUUUUCUACUGUCAAAUAUGUACCUUUUCUUCAUGCUGGUAUUUUUUCAAUAGUAAUGUAGCCUUUGUACUGAGACAAAUUUUCAUUGUUAUUUUUAGAAAGAUUUUUUGCUAAGAGAAAUUUAAACAUUGACAUAUUUUUCAUUUUUAUUUCAGAUUUUCUUUAAGGAGUGCUUUCUCAACCAUUAAUAUAGUUGUUUCUGGGAGAGACUUUCAUAUCUGGUCAAUGUCAUUAAUAUUAUUUUGUAUUUUUACUUGGAAUAAAUUAAUUUUAUGAUGCUAAUUCUUUAAAAGUUUAUUUUUUUCAUUUUCAGUUAUUUUUGAAGCUAAAAAAACCUUUGUAAUAUUGUUACUAAAGUGUCUAGUUUUUUGAAAUGCAAAGCUUUAUGUAUUAACUCGCUGAUGUGGUUUACAAUGGUGUGAAAAUGGCUGGAUAUGUGAAAUGAUUGAAAAACUGUAAUGAAUAAUUGGGCAAUAAAAUUACAGAAUGAAGCAGGAAAA